AUGAGGUAGGAAGUAGAACACUGUGUGUCGCAGAGUAUUGACGUUUCACGACGGCCAGACUUUCGUUUGCAGCCGCCUUGAAGCAAACUUGUUUGUGAGGUUAGUGGCAACGUGUUCGGGAGCUUCGCAUGUCUCUCAGACUCGUUGGGUGAGACAGUCUUGAAUUGCUCGUUUCCGAACGCGGAGGCGAUUGUGAGUGAAAGGAAGCGUCGUCCCUCCUGUCUCGUUUCACUGAGUUAACUAUAGUGGACAUUGGAUUUGACACUGCUAAGUGGAAGAAAACAAGAAUUUGAAUAUAAUAUUUGUUUUACAAGAUAACAGCUAUGACAGAUCCAGACAUUCUCACUGAGGUCCCAGCUUCUCUGAAACGCCUUGCUAAGUAUGUAGUGCGUGGUUUUUAUGGUACUGAACAUGCUUUGGCCCUGGACAUUCUAAUUCGGAAUCCAUGUGUAAAGGAAGAAGACAUGUUAGAGCUUCUGAAGUUUGAUAGGAAGCAGCUGCGAUCAAUUCUCAACACUCUUAAAGGUGACAAAUUUAUCAAAUGCAGGAUGAGAGUGGAGACAGCUGCAGAUGGAAAGACCACCAGGCACAAUUUCUAUUUUAUUAAUUAUCGUCUAUUGGUCAAUGUGGUGAAGUAUAAGUUGGAUCACAUGAGAAGGAGAAUUGAGACAGAUGAAAGAGACUCCACCAACCGAGCCUCUUUCAGGUGUCCUAUUUGUUCCAGUACCUUCACAGAUUUAGAAGCAAAUCAGUUGUUUGAACCUAAUACAGGAAUAUUUCGCUGCACAUUUUGUGAGACUGAAGUGGAAGAAGAUGAAUCUGCAAUGCCUAAAAAGGAUGCAAGGACUCUUGUAGCACGAUUUAAUGAACAAAUAGAACCUAUUUAUGCAUUGCUUCGUGAGACUGAAGAUGUUAAUUUAGCUUAUGAAUUACUUGAGCCUGAGCCUAUGGAGAUUCUUGCACUGAAGCAGAGCAAAGAACGAGCUGUUGGUGCAUUGGGAAAUAGUUUACCAAGUGGGCAGCACAGAGAAGCCUGGACAACAAAGGGUCCUUCUUAUGGGGACAUGUACACUCAGAAUGUAAUUAUUAACAUGGAAGAUCAAGAAGACACACAUCAGCCAGCAAAUGAAGGAAAGCUACCCAGAGAGAGACCAGUCUGGCUGCGGGAAAGCACAGUGCAAGGUGCUUAUGAUCCUAAUGAAGUCACUGAAGGUGGUCAAGACAUAAACAUGUCCCAUGAAGGUGAAGAGGGACAGGGAGCCCGAGAUAACAAUGAAGAGGUAAUGCGUGCUCUGCUCAUCCAUGAAAAGAAAACCUCCUCUGCCUCUACGGCUGCUAUGGGAGGAAUUGCUCCUUUAUCUGCCACAAAUGCCAGUGAUUCUGAGAGUGAGACCAGUGAAUCGGAUGAGGAUUCCCUUCCUUGUGCAGCCCCUGCUCCCACAACACUCUGUGGGCUGACAGAAGACAAUGAAGAGGAUGAGUUUGAGGUAGUGACCGAAGACCCCAUUGUUAUGGUGGCGGGACAUCCAUUUUCUUACAGCCAAGUAAACCAGCGGCCGGAGCUUGUGACACAGAUGACUCUGGAGGAAAAAGAGCAAUAUAUAGCUAUGGGCCAGCGUAUGUUUGAGGAUAUGUUUGAUUAACUUCUUCUGCCUAAGUAGCAGUGAUAGAUGAUCUUCAAUUGGAAAUUCUGAAAAGCAAAAGAUUGAAUUAGAACCAAACAGAGGCGUCAAAGAUCAGAACAAAGGGAGGGAGCUGCCACAGAUGCAAGAAGGUGUGAGAAACCUGCAGCCAAUCCAGCUAUGUUCUCUCUCACAUAUUUGCAUAUGUGCACACACCGCUGUGUUUAGUCUACAAGUUUUCCAUUGCAUUAUACUUGUGGGGUUUUGUUUUUUUGCCUGGAAAAUAUGAAUGCUCUUUUGAUGGCUUAUUUUUCUUCCUUGAAAAAAAGGAUUGUACUAUAGAAGGCAUUAUCUUUAGUUUACUCUGAAAAUAACUUCCUGUAUCAUAUAGUUGAAAGAACUUACUGCCUUGCAAGCAUGGUGACUAUAUGGGCUUCUUAUUUCCAAUGGGCUGACAAGCUAAAUGCUUGCCUGCCAUAUAUCUUUGGCGAGGGUGGGCAGAAAGAGAAGCUGUGGUUGAAGAGAGUAUAAAUACAAUCAUGUUAAAUCAG